AUGUGGCGCCCUCAGAUUCGAAAAUCAUCAUCAGGUCCGCAAACAUCUAAGCAGGGGAAGGGUAACGUCGGUCCUAGGACGACGGCCGCCAACCUCCAAAUCCUACUUUUUCUUAAAGGCAAGAAUGUCCAACAAUUCAGGUACAGAAACAGGGACAAUGCGCUCAGAUUCAAAGGAGUCGUCAUUGGGCUUUUUUUUCUCUUUCCAAAGACAGCCAACAACCUACGUUUCUCAAAGAAGAGAUGUUCAAGUUUUCAGCAACACAAGAAAGCCAAGAACAAUCAUAACACAAAAAUAGACCAUGUCAAUUUUAAUCACAAGAAUAUCUAA